UUUAAAGCGUGCUCCAGACGCCUCCAUGUCUGUAAAAGUUAUAGAAACAAUAAACUUGAUGGAUUAUUGCAGAGUGGCAAGAGGGGGUCAUUUACCUGGUCUUUCGGUCUUUAUCUUGAUGUGGUGCAUGUAAUUAUGAAGGCAAGUUAUUCCAAUAAGAAACCCUCCAGAACAGAGCCCUUGAUGAGGAAAAGCAACCGGUCGUCACAGAUCUCAUCCUUGCAAAAGACAAACAAAAAGCAGGAUGGAAAGCAAGAUUACAACACUGACUCAGAUCUGGAGAAACAUCCAAUCUUCAAAGAGAUUUGGCCAUCCUCUGGACCUUCCUCUCCGAGUGAUACACCCACAUCUGACAAGAAUGUGCCAACAUCAAUAUACAAGUUUUUUGAAGUUGACACUGAGCAUAGUUCAGUGCUGGCAAAGUAUGUGGAUCGUUUUCGUCAUGGUCAACCGCAAAGUCGAGAGGAACGGCAACAAAAGUCUAAAGAAGAAUUGCUGCCAUUCUGGUGGGCAUCAUCGCCAUCAUUACCUCCCAAUUUAACUCCAGAGAAACCAGAUCCUACGUUGUUUCAUCACAACAGAGCCAUUUCCCCAAGCAGAGGGUCCUUAAGUGUUUUGUCAGACACCUCCCAAUGUGAACAUUAUGAUUCAGAGAUUUUGCAGCUACAAGAGAGAGCCAGCAGACUGUUGCAGAAAGGUGAAGUUAGUCUUGAGGAAGAUUCCCUCCCCGUGAGCUCAGAUGGAGGAUCCUCUGACUUCUCAUCUCCAGUAAGUGCAGACGAGCCAGUGAGAAAGCCCAUGAUUUCAAGUUUGCCUAAGUACAAUAUUGGUAGGUUGUGCUUUACUCUCCAUUCUUUUUUUAUGCCAACUCCUUUACGCCCGGAGGAAGACAUAUUAUUCCAAUGGCGUUUAAGGAGAAAGAUGGAGAAGGCAAGGGAGUGGGCACAGUCACAACAGCACUUUGAGCUACAAAGCUGGCAAGCAUACAGUAAAAGCAAGUCCCUGCACUCAGAUCAAGGCAUUACGGGAAUACAAGAAAAAGCUCCUUCAGGUUUGCCACAAGAAACUACUCCCCAGUCAAUUAGUGGACCUCAUUUAAUCACUUUAGAUCAACAAACCAGAAUGGCUACUACUACUGCUACUGCUAUGCCUACUACUAUGGUGCCCUCUGGCUCUGUAGUUUCUUCACCACAGGCUCUUGCCCAUGUUCCCUCCCACAUGCAUUUGAUGUGUGAUAUUUUACCGUGUCCCAAUCAGACACCUAAACCUCAUGAAGAAGAGAUGGUUCUACACAAACUUGAUUCACAAAUUAUCGUUGUACCUCAAAAAACACAAAAUUUACCUCUGGAACUACCCAUAACUGGACAUGUUGAAAAAGAUGGACAUUUAUCUUACACUAAGAGCACAGUUGCACCAAAGAAACAUCUAGAGAAGAGUGAGAAGAAAACAUCAAUUCUUUCCAAAGAGCAAAAGAAAUCUGCAAGGAUUCACUCACGACAGAAAGUCCCCACAAACAUAACGAGUACUCCUCAACAUCAUCAGAAAUGCACCGAUUCUAAGAAAAAGAGCAGAGGGGAUAGGACACCAUCUUCUCCAAUCCAGAGUGCUUUGGGACAGGUGGUUUCUGAAGUAUUAUUUCCUUCUGUGGAUUCAACCAUUGUACAAGAAAUUCCCCCACUAUCUCCACACUGCCUUGUCUCAGAACAACUGAAUGAUGACUAUAAAUCUGUAGAAAUUAUUUCACAGUUUCUUAAAGAGGCUGAAGAUUCAGAUGAAAAGGAGUUUGAAGAUGAUCCUUUACUUCAAGUCCUUCGAAAACAGAGAAAGUGGGUUAAAGAACAGAUAAAUGAAGUGGACACACUGUUAAAGGAAUUCUAAGGACAACACAACAUGUGAAUGCAUAAUGUUUCUAUUUUUUAUUAAAUCACAGUCAAAUAAAAGUUACAUUUUAAUA